AUGGUCCAAGCUGUCGGGCGCCACUGUGGUGGCAGCGGCGGCGGCUGCAGCGGCGCGCGGGGGCGGCGGCGGCGGCCAGAGAGCUCCGCCGGGAAGACAGCACAGUCGACGCGCCGCCGCCGCCUCCGCCAGCGCUGCCGGCCAGCCCCGGCACGCAAAUUAAGGGGGAUCAGCCGGGCCGGCGCCCGUUUUUCCGUCGCGGCCGCCGCCAGUCGCCGGGCGGACUCCGCCGCCGCCGAAGCCACAGCGGCGCCGCUCCCCGCCUCGGAACGCAACGCCGCUCCGCAAGGCAGCGUUGUGCUGUGGGAUGUAAACCAGGAUAUGAAGCUUCCAACUCUUCCUGUCAGCCGCAGUAUCCACAUCAAGACAGAUUUCACCAACGUUCUCCAGAUCUACAACAUUUAUGCUCAUUCCAGAUUCCGACGCCGGAGGCGGGCGACCCGACGCCUGCGCCAGCGAGACACGAUGACAGACGAGAUGAUAAUCUCGCUAAAGACGGAUCUGGCGGCGGCUGCAGAUGAAUUGCCCUUCUGGGAGACAAAGGAGGCGCUUCGGUGCGGGGAAAUUGAUGCCGCCCCCUGCGACUCAUAAUGGGGCGACUGUGCCGGCGGCGGCUCCGGGAGCCGGGCACGCCUCAAAAAACUUGGCGGGCGGCAGCCGGCACCUGUGGGCGCCCCUGUUGCUCCGGGCUGCUUCCAGUUCGGCGAACAGGACCCUGAGAGUUUCUCAAUAAACUGCUUCAGACUCUAAAAUAAUAACUUCCCCGCUACCCUAAAGAUAAAGUACA